GCUAUAGCCUCAGAAUCACUGACUCAAUUUUUGGAUCCUAUUCUCAUGACAAAGCGGCUGUCUGGUUUAAAACAAGCCCGUUAUAAAAAGGGCACCUCGGAUCCUGGCUGUUUGUAACAGCUGCUGACGUUCCUCCGGCACAGGGGAGCUUGGCUGGAACGGAAAAUGUCCAGAGCUGGAACCAAGGUCACCUUCUAUGAAGACAAGAACUUCCUCGGCCGCUACUACGAGUGCGACAGCGACUGCCCCGAUUUCCACAACUACCUGAGCCGCUGCAACUCCAUCCGCGUGGAUGGAGGCACCUGGGUGGCCUACGAGAGGCCCAACUAUGCCGGGAACAUGUACGUGCUGACCCACGGGGAGUAUCCCGACUACCACCACUGGAUGGGCCUCAACGACCGCCUGGGCUCCUGCAAGUACAUCCAGAUCCCAAGUGGAGGCCGAGGCCACAUCCAGGUGUUUGAGAAGGGAGAUUUCGGCGGGCAGAUGUUCGAAGCCACCGAAGACUGCCCCUCCAUCAUGGAGGAGUGGCACAUGCGGGAGGUGCACGCCUGCAGGGUGCUGGAAGGCGUCUGGGUGUUCUACGAGCACCCCAACUACCGGGGCCGGCAGUACGUGCUGCCCAAGGGGGAGUACCGCAAGCCCGUGGAGUGGGGCGCGGCCAGCCCCGCCGUCCAGUCCUUCCGCAACAUCUCCGAGUGA